GAUAUUCGUAACUUUUCCAGCGACGAAGACCUCGUAACGACUUGCUGCUACGCUCACUCUACAACAGCUUGGAUAACUAGCAGAUCAAAUCCAUUUUCCAGCGCAUAAUCAUCUGUCACAAUCGGCCGCCUCCCACUCCGAGCAAAACCCGCUUUCCGCUUCGCAACGUUCCCUGCACUCGAAAUAUCUGAAGCAAUAUGCCUAAGGCUUCCAAGUCUCCACGGGGGCGCGAGGCACCCAAGAGUCUAGUAGAGGAAUACGCGCCCACUACAUACAAACAAAAAAGGCAAAAGAGGACAAGAGAGGAGAAUGAGGGUCAGGGUUUCGUGGAUUCAAAAGCGUCGCAAGCCAUUCUCCGCCUCGGAGAAGAAUUAACGCAGGAAAGCGAAAGAGAGAACCAAGCGCAGAGGCCUCCUGCUCACAAUUCCGCAUUCAAUUUUGAGACACGCCUUGGCGAGGACGACGAUGCCGGAUUUGGGGCCCCCAUCGACGACGACGAUGAGGCCUGGGGAGACGAGGAGGAAGAGGAAGUGGAGGAAAUCGAGAUCGAUCCCAACGAUCUGGCAACAUUCAACAAGUUUAUGCCAACUGACGAUGACCCAAUUUCUUGGCCAGUCACCGGUACGGAUAACAAUGCACAAUCGUCGGGUGAAGGAGGCACGGAUUUGGCAGCUCUCAUUCUAGCGAAGAUCGCUGAGCAUGAGGCGGCCGGUGGUGACGAGGCACGCCCCAACAUAAUGGGUGGCGGUGACCCGGAAGACGCAAUUGAGCUGCCCGCAAAGGUUGUCGAAGUUUAUUCAAAGAUCGGCCUUAUCCUUUCACGAUACAAGAGUGGUAAACUGCCGAAACCUUUCAAGAUUCUACCCACAAUUGGAGCUUGGCCAGAUCUACUUGCAAUCACGAGGCCUGAGGCAUGGACACCAAAUGCAAUCUAUGCUGCUACGCGCGUUUUCAUUUCUGCUAAGCCAGCAACUGCUCAGCAGUUCCUCAACAUGGUUCUGCUACCUGCAGUACAAUCAGACAUAGCGGAGACCCACAAGCUCAAUGUUCAUCUUUACAAUUCGCUCAAGAAAUCACUUUACAAACCAGCCUGUUUCUUCAAAUCCAUUGUUUUCCCAAUGUUGACUGAAGGAUGUACCCAACGCGAGGCCAACAUCGUUGCCAGUGUUGUGGCCAAAAUCAGUGUUCCCGUCCUGCACUCAGCUGCCGCCCUCCACCGCUGCUGUGAGAUUGCUGCUGAGCAGAUGAGCUCCGACCCGGAUUCCGCAGGUCCGGCCAACAUCUUUAUCAAGACACUCCUGGAGAAAAAAUAUGCGCUUCCAUUCAGGGUCAUUGACGCUUGUGUUUUCCACUUCCUACGAUUCAAGGCUGCAGGUGCCAGCCACGAGGACGCCAUGGCACUCGAUAACCAGUCCGUGGCCGGUGACCUCGGUGGAACAGGAAAACUGCCAGUCCUAUGGCAUCAGUGCCUGUUGGCCUUUGCACAAAGAUAUCGAAACGAUAUUACUGAAGAUCAGCGUGAAGCUUUGUUGGAUCUGCUAUUGACCAGAGGACAUAACAGCAUCAGUCCUGAGAUUCGAAGAGAAUUGCUCGAGGGACGGGGACGAGGCGUUUUGGUGGAGCCUCCACCGGUCGGAGCAGAUGGAGACGAUACUAUGGUCAUGGCUGUAGAUGCAUAGGCGCGGAUGCGCCAUCUCUCAUAUAGGCGUAAUGGCGUUGCACGAUGGACUGGCAUGGGAGGCGUUAGGAAAAAAGCACAAUGAAUUUUCAGAAGACACAUCUGUCGAAUACGACCAUAGACGCCGAAUAUACCCCCUCCACAUCACAACUCGGUUGCAUUCUGCUAUCAGCUGUCCCUUGAACCCUUCUCACGACGACUGUACAUCUGCCUUGCCCUUGUAAAACGCCACGAAGUUCUUGAUUUUCUGGUAUUCUGGUUUUGGAUCUGGGUAAUACCAUGCUGCGUCUGGAACCUCGGUCUUGCCGGUAGUAACUGUGUAGUAUGAAGCUUGACCUUUGUAGGGACAAUAUGUCUGAGUAGGUGUGGAAGUGAAAGAGGC